GGAGGAGCCAGCGCUGGUUAGAUCCGCAGAGUGGGUCCACUUCUUAAAGGGAUAACUUACAUUGAAAUAUAAUAAGCAGGAAUUCGGUACGCCGCAUUCAACAUUAACAGGUCUUGAUCAGACCUGAAUUCUGAUCGGAGGUCAGCCCCAGACCAACAGGCUCGGGGUGAAAGGUCAUAGUGCCACAUGACUUCCCUGGACUCAGCAGUAAUAGACACAUGGCCAAACAACCAGAGAGUUCAGUGCCAGUUUGAGACUGCAGCAGAGAGCUGCAGAGAACACACUGGAACAGAAUCAGAAGGAUUGGAAACCGCAUGCAUUUAGAAGCCAGUUCAGUAGGCGAGGCGGAGAGCCAGCAGAGGCCCAGUGAACCCGAGGCAGAGCAGCGGCCCCCACCAGCCCAGGAGCCCGCCGCCUCGGAGCCCCGGGAAAGCUCAAAGGAGGAGCCGGAGGGGCAGGACAAGCCCAGCGAGACCCCCAGCUCUCCCGCGGAGGAGCAGCUGAAACCCCGGAGCCGAUCGUCGGCCGGCCGCGGACUCUCGCGCCUCUUCUCCUCCUUCCUGAAGCGCCGCUCGCAGUGCUCGGAGGGAGAGGGUGCGGUGCCAGACAAGACAGGGGGCGGAGACAAGGACAAGGAGGCGAGGCCCGAGGUCCAGGAAGAGGAAGUGCUGCUCAAGGCUCCUAUCGCUGAUCCUGAACCCGAGCUGAGAGCGGAGGGGGACCCUGCUCUCGACCUGCACUCUCUGAGCAGCGUUGAGACACAGCCGGCUCAGGAGGACCAGAAGGAGGACCAGGACACAGAGGAGGAAGAGGAAGAGGAGGAAGAAAAACAGGUGGGAACCGAGACCGAGGGUGGCAAGGAAGGUGGCGACUCGGAGAGUAAACCCACUGAAGAGUCCAAACCCGGCCCAAAGCUGCCCCGCAAACCCAGAGCCAUGCGCUACAAAGUGUCCCUGCUGGACGAAGAGGUCUACGAGUGCGACCUGGACAAACAUGCAAAGGGCCAGGAGUUGUUCGCGAAGGUCUGUGAUCAUCUCAACCUCCUGGAGAAAGACUACUAUGGACUGGCGAUCUGGGAGUCAUCCACCGUGAAGACAUGGCUGGACCUUACAAAGGAGAUCCGGAAGCAGGUGCAAGAAGUUCCCUGCAGCUUGACGUUCAAUGUCAAAUUUUACCCCCCGGACCCUACCCAGCUCACAGAGGACAUCACCAGGUACUACCUGUGUUUGCAGCUGCGGAAGGACAUUGUGUCAGGACGGCUGCCCUGCUCCUUCGUCACGCUGGCCCUGCUGGGCUCCUACACGGCGCAGUCGGAGCUGGGAGAGUAUGACCCCGACCUGCACGGCACGGACUACCUGAGCCAGGUGCGGCUCGCCCCCAACCAGACCAAGGAGCUGGAGGAGAAGGUGAUGGAGCUCCAUCGCACGUACAGGUCCAUGACUCCAGCCCAGGCAGACCAGCAGUUUCUGGAGAACGCCAAGAAGCUGUCCAUGUACGGGCUGGACCUCCAUCAGGCCAAGGAUUUGGAGGGAGUGGAAAUCAUGCUAGGGGUGUGUUCCAGUGGGCUUCACGUCUACAAGGACAAGCUCCGAAUCAACCGCUUCCCCUGGCCCAAGGUCCUGAAGAUCUCCUACAAGAGAAGCAGCUUCUUCAUCAAGAUCCGUCCCUCCGAGCAAGAGCAAUACGAGAGCACCAUCGGGUUCAAGCUGCCCAAUUACAAAGCCUCAAAGAAGCUGUGGAAAGUCUGUGUGGAGCACCACACCUUUUUCAGGCUCACCUCUACAGAAGCCACCACCCCGCGGAGGUUCCUGGCUUUGGGCUCCAAGUUCCGGUACAGCGGACGGACCCAAGCCCAGACUCGCCAGGCCAGCUCGAUGAUCGACAGGCCGGCCCCUCUGUUCCAGCGCACUGCCAGUAAGCGUGCUUCUCGGAGUCUCGAUGGAGCGAGGGGUAAGUCUCCCCAGUCCGAUUUGAAGCCGGUAGCGGAGAGGAAGGAGGAGGAUUGGUUUACACUGCUGGACCCGGCCCGUUCAGAACCCUCUCUCGAGGGCUCAGUCGGGGACGAGUCCCACCAACCUCAGCCAAUAGGAGCAGAGAGGAAGAAGGAAGAUGAUUGGUUUGUGCUGCUGGACCCCUCCCGUUCGGAACCCUCCCCUCGGCCCCCAGUGGAGGGCAAAUCUGCCCAGUCUGAUUUGAAGCCGGUAGCGGAGAGGAAGGAGGAAGGUGAUUGGUUUGUGUUGCUGGACCCCACCCACUCAGAACCCGCCCCUCAGCCUCCAGCUGAGGGUAAGGCUCCCUAUCCUAAGCCAAUAGGAGCAGAGAAGGUGGAAGUGGAGGAGGAUGAUUGGUUUGUGCUGUUGGACCCCACACGUUCAGAACCCGCCCCUAAACCCCCAGCGAUGGUGGUGACCCCUGAUAAGAGCCCUCGCCCCGUCAGCGCCCCAGUCAUCUCCCAGGGACCGCAGGGAGAGGCCAGAGCUCAGGCGCCUGCCACGGCCAAGCAGGACCAACGGGAGGUCACUCCAGCGGUCACGCAGGAGGAGAGGAAAGUAGAGGUCAAGCCCGAGGUCAAGCCAGCUGAGCUGCCCUCCAGACCGGAGCCAGUGCAAGUCAAGAUGCGGAGAGAACCGAGAGAAGCCCCGACAGUCACAGCCACAAACGGGGACAAAUCUCAGCGCCCCUCGGUGGCUGACGAGGAGCUGGUGCGAAUGCGGAAGAAAAGAGCUAAGAAAAUUGAGGGUGAAACUAUUUAUAUCAGACAUAGCAAUUUAAUGUUGGAGGAUCUGGACAAGACGCAGGAUGAGAUCAUGCGUCACCAAGCCAGCAUCAGCGAGCUGAAGAGGAACUUCAUGGAGUCUGUCCCAGAGCCGCGGCCCAGCGAAUGGGACAAGCGUCUCUCUACCCACUCCCCCUUUCGCACCCUCAACAUCAACGGACAGGUGCAGCCGGGGCCCGAUGGGAGUGUGAGUGAAAGUACUAAGAAAGAGGAGAUUGGGGAGGAAGAGUGUGGGGAGGAAACGGCUCUUGAGGAAAAUCGGGGUGUUGCAGCUCCAGCAGGCUCCUCUUCCUCAGAGACCAGUGAGGAGGAGGAGGAGGAGGAGGAGGAGGAGGAGGAGGAACACGGGUCUGGCUCCUUUCUCCACAGCAAGGAAGAGCUGUGCUGGCAAGCUGGGCCGGAAGCCAGCCUGAAAGCACCUCAAGCCUCAGCAAUGCUUGAGGCCGUAUCUCCAGACCGCUCUGUCGCGGAGGAGAAUCCUGUAGAUGACCGAGCUGAGAGCAGGCAAUCGGAAAAGGAGCCGCCUUUAGAGGUUACAGGAGAUUAUUCCACCUCCUCCCCAGAGUACCAAAGAACCCCUUACCUCAUUCGCUGUUUCCAGGUAGUGCUUAGGCAAGCUGGCCAAUUGCUCCCUUCCUUCUCUUCUGUCUGUAAUCUAUACGGUGGAGGGAAGAACAACUCAAGACACUGCAGCAGACCCCAGACUUUGGUGCCAGGAGUUGGAAUUUGUGUUUAAUCAGUUGUCUCUUUUUAGUCCUGAUGCUUUCAAACAAGAUCUUCCCAUCAAAAGAUUUCGUUAGAAUCCGUAGAUUUGUAAGAAGUUAGCUUGUACCUCUAUUAAACAUUCCUUAAACUCAGACUGAGGCAACGUUGAAGACACUGAGAAAGACUUUUAGUCAAAGCAUUUGUCGUUGGAUUUAUUGUGUUGUUUUUUUUUUAUAUAGUUAUGGAUGAUGGGAUACAUAGCUGAUCUAUAAUGCAAAGAUGAGCUGUCCUCUUCCAGACUCCGAGCCCUCACUGGUUAUCCUGCUGCAGUGUCAUUGCGGUUACUGGUCACUUCAAAGAAAGGGAGUCUCUCUCGUCAAGGUGGUGGCAGCGGGGGUCCUAAUUGGCAAUCGUGCACGGGUGCAUUCUGGGAGGUUGAUUGGGUCUUGGUUUGAUCUCGACUGCUAUAAAAACAGACGCUUAUUUGUUUGGUGUGUACGAAUUGUCUCGGGUGAUUGUGGCUCUACUCUCCUACUUGUGGAUCAUGAUCAAUUCUUGUGAUUUAUUUAUUGAUUUAUUGAUCAGUGUGUUUCUGCUUUGUGAAUCUACUCUGAUAUGGUAACUGCAUAAGGAAUAGGCCACUGAUCUUGUACUAGCAGCAGAUAAUGCAUCCAGACAUUGCACUGGGGAAGUGCAUAGAUUUGUACCCGAUACUAAAAUUUAUUUUAUUCAACAGGGGUGUAGUUAAGAUCUCCUAUAGCAGGAAAAUGGCAAAAAUAGCAAUUCGAGAUUCAAACCCUGUAAAAGUUUUACCUGCCACUUCUGGAAAAACAGGAAUUUACAAAAUAAAAAGGAUUUUCUUAGAUAAGCCCCCCCCCCCCCCAAAAUAGAGUUUAUACCACAAGACAUUUCAACAAUGUAGGAGUGAUGUCAUCUUUUAUAUAGUGGAUAUCUCUAAGGUAAGGGGCAAACACAA